UGAGGGACCCGGCUCAGAUACAAGCAGAGGGGUCAUUACCUUCUCAGCAGUAGCUUUCUUCUUGUGAGGCGAGGGCCGUAUGCACCAUCCUGAUCCUGAGGCCUGUGGAGGGCAAAGAACGGCAUUGCCCAGAGGACCGUGCACCGAGUGACGCCCGCGUGGAGCCAAUGAAGGUCCAGGAGACGGGCGUUUCCGUGUGUGCCAUCACGUCGGGGCAGGACUUCCGGGGUCCUUGUGGCAGUCGUUUUGGCAGCUCUCAGGUCUGUUUCCUGUUCAGAGGUUCCAGAGCACAGGGUCAGGACAAGGUGACGACUGGGGAGGCACGAGAGGAGGCAUCCCUGCGGCACUGCACUGCUCCCGGCCCUGCUCUUCCCACAGAGUCCGAUGGCGGCGGCCACACCCAGGGACCCACCUCAGGGUAGUGUGACCUUUGAAGACGUGGUUGUAUACUUCUCGUGGGAGGAGUGGGGGCUCCUGGAUGAGACUCAGAGAUGCCUGUAUCAUGAUGUGAUGCUGGAGAACUUUGCACUUGUGAUCUCAUUGGGUUGUUGGUAUGGAAUGGAGGAUGAGGAGGCCGUUUCUGUGCAAGAGAUGGCACUGAGCAAGACUCCAAGUCCAGAUUCCUCUGUUUGGAGAGCUCAGCCCUGUGAGAAGUGUGUCUUGCUUGGGAGAGACAUUUUGUACAUGGCUGAGGACCAAGGAUCACAUCCUGGGCAGAAAUCCUACACCUGCGAGGCAUGUGGGAAACGACUGUGGUCCAGUGCAGAUCUUCACCAGCACCACCAGCACAAUGAAGAGAAGCCAUUCAGAUGGGACAUGGAGCUUGUGACAAGCUACAAACUGCAUGUGUCAGGGAAGCCUUUCCCCUGUGGGGAAAUUGGGAAGGACUUCCUGGCCAUAUUGAGUCUUCUCCAGCAUCAGGCCACUCUCAAAGGGGCCAAUCCACACAGCAGCUUGGAACUUGAGGAGUCCUUUCAGGGUAGAGAAAGUCCUCACACAUGCAGCAACUAUGGGAAAUCGUUCAGCUGUGAAUACAAACUUUUCCAGCAUCAGCAAGUUCACACCAGAGAAGGUUAUCAGGACUGGGAUAACUGUGAGAAACCUUUUAACCAAAGCUCCACCCUUACUAAUUGCCCGAGAGCUUACCCAGGACCAAGGACUUACGAGUGUAAUGAAUGUGGGAAAUCCUUUAGCCAAAGCUACAAUCUCAUUCAACACCACAGAAUUCACACUGGCGCAAGGCCUUAUAAAUGCAGUGAAUGUGGAAAAGCCUUCAGCUUCAAAUUCAGACUUGUCCAGCACCUGCAAAUUCACACUAGAGUGAGGCCUUAUGCGUGUGGCGAAUGCGGGAAAGCCUUCAGCUACAGCUCUACUCUCAUUAAACAUCAGCGAGUUCAUACGAGAGAAAAGCCUUACAAGUGUGGGGAGUGUGGGAAUUCCUUCAGCCAAAGCUCCAACCUCAUUCAACACCAGAAAAUUCACAGCGGAGCCAGGCCUUACAAGUGCAAUGAAUGUGCAAAAUCCUUCAGCUACAAAUGCAAACUUGUUCAGCACCUGCGCAUUCACACAGGAGAAAGGCCUUAUGAGUGUGGCGAAUGUGGGAAAUCUUUCAGCCACAGGUCCACUCUCAAUCAACACCAGAGAAUUCACACUGGAGCCAGACCUUAUAAGUGCAGUGAGUGUGACAAAUCCUUUAGCCAAAAGUCCAACCUCAUCCAGCACCGGAGAGUCCACACAGGAGAAAAGCCUUACGAGUGUGGGGAGUGUGGGAAAUCCUUCAGCCAAAGCUCCCACAUCAUUCAACACCGAAAACUGCACACCAGAUAACCUCAUGAAUGCAGUGGGAAAGCCUUCCCUAUAAGGUCUAACAUUCACUAUGAGGGAACCAACUAGGAUAUUAUAUAAACCAGGGGUAAGAGAGUCCCCCAAAGACUUCCCCUGCUCUCUCUUGAACUUUCUGAAUGAAGGGCUAGCUGUUUCCCUUCUUCCUCACGAAGUUUCUGACCCAGUUUUGAUGAAGCGUGGGGGGGGGGGGGAGUUCAAAAUACUAUUUACCUUCCCAGGCCUCCUAGAGUGCCAUGAGAACAGCAUAAUCUCUGUGUCACCACAUACUGUGGAACACUAGGGUGGGGGAAAGUUGUCCCAAGUACUGCAAAGGAAUCAUGUGCCUUCAUGUGUGGGUUCACUUUUCUGGGUAUCACUGCUUGUAGUAAGAGGACAUAGAGGGGCCAGGUGACUUGUACAGAAACAGGACUGUAGGAUGAUACAGGAACUUACAUCCACAGAUAUUCCAGUGACCAUGCCUGUGGUUCAAGUUUCUAACACUCCACAUCUGUAGUUGAGGAACCUGAGGCUGUUCUCAGACUUAAGUUUUAUAGUCCAGAAAAUGGUAACAGGAUGUUGCUCACCAGGAUCGAAAUUAUCUUGAAUUCUCAGUGAUGCAGGGCAUCCCUUCCCUGACGUACAAUGAGGGGCGAUGGACUUUUGUGCAAAAAAAGUGGGGGGACCUAAGACCUCUAUUUGAUUUUUUUAAUAAAGCUUUAUUGAAGGUUAAUGAACAGGCUGUAAAACUGCACAUAUUAAUUGUAUAACCGAACCACAGAUGGUAAUAAAUCUAUAUAUAUAACUCCAAUGUUUACUUUUAAAAACCAUUUUCCUUUAAUGUUGAUUAUUUUGAGAGAACCAAGAUGUUGCUUCAUUUAUCUAUGCUGCUGACCACCACAAAUAAAA